CCAGCUGUCACGCUGCUGACAGCUGUCAAACUCUUUUGCCUCCACAUUUUUCCGUGUGAAACACGUUCGCGUACUCUGCGUACAGAAUUUAAUCGAAAAAAUGGGUUUCGCCAACUUGUGGUACUCGCAUCCGCGUAAAUACGGACAGGGCUCGCGUUUCUGCCGUGCCUGCUCCAACAACCACGGAAUGAUCCGAAAGUACGGGCUGAACAUUUGCCGACAGUGCUUCCGCGAGUACGCCAAGGAUAUUGGCUUCAGGAAGCUGGAUUAAAUAUGGGAUUUUUCUCAACGUUUCUUCGCAUAUGACAUCAAGAUCGAAUUAUUUGCCCCUUGCUGGCAGUAAACAUGCGUUGAAAUGAAAUCGGCAAAUAAAUAACGUAAAAAUCCACACAAAACGA